CGCGGUGACGUCCGGGCGGCGUUUCCCGCCGUGCCCCGGGCGGGCUGUCAAAACUACCGUUCCCGCGGUGCCCCGCGCGGCGGGUGCAUGGAGCGGCGCGUGGCGGAGCGGGUGCGCGGGGCCCUGGGUCCCCUCGGCUUCGAGGCGCACGCCUUCAAGGUGGGAUGGUACAAUGCUGUUCUCCAGCCAGCCUUUCACCUCCCCUACCCAGAUGACACACUGGCCUUUGUGGUCCUCAGCACGCCUUCAAUGUUUGACAAAGCCCUUAAACCUUUUGUGAACAAAGAAUGGUUGGAAAUAAUCAGGGAUCCUGUGGAUCAGUGUGUUUCUCAUCAUUUAUCACGCAUGAAGGAGAAAUUCCCUGACCAGAGCAUAGACAUAAUCUAUGAUUACGAGAUCUUGCCAAGCCGAAAGCCCAAGUUCUUGGCGCAGACAGCUGCCCAUGUUGCUGGAGCUGCGUAUUACUACCAAAGGAAAGAUGUGAAGCUUGAUCCUUGGGGGAAAAAGAAGAUCUACGGUGUAUGUAUCCAUCCCAAGUAUGGCGGCUGGUUUGCUAUCCGGGGUCUGCUCCUGUUCCCAGAUAUUCAGGUACCAUUCCUGGAACAGUCUGCCCCCGUUGACUGUGUGAACACAGAGGAAAAAAGAAUUGAGUUGCUGGAGCAGUUCAAUUUCCACUGGCGGGACGGCCGCUACAGGGACAUAAUUGAAGUGAAGGAAAAGUAUUCAGAGGAGCAAAAAACCUACUUUGCCACUCCUCCAGCAGAGAGAUUCAGACUGCUGGGGCUGACCCAAGAAGCGCAGAGAAGCACGUUGCACUGACAUGGCUGGGCAGAGGGCAAGAGCAGUGUAACUGAGCAGCGCCUGCUUUUCCAUGGUGCUGAGGAGGACGGCAUGCGGAUACAGACAUGGCAAAUCCCAGCAGCGUGUGCAGCGUCUCAAUCCAAACGUCAGCUGCUCAGAGUAAGAGGGAGCACAACAUCACAGCACCCGUGGUCUGGAGGAGGGCGGGCGCAGUCUGUUCUGAGCUGCUGCUCAUUUGGUGUGUCUUCAGGGAGUCUGGUAAGAUGCCAAUUAGCCUUUGGCUGGGGAAAGUUCAGACAUGGACAACUGGAAAACCUGUGCUGCUCAUUAGAGACGUCAUUUUUGUUCUCAAGAAUUUUCUUUCCAAGUGGUUUGGUUUUAUUCUGGGUAAGAGUAAAAUAAGUUGAUUUUCAGUUGUUGUACUUCAAGGCAGAUAAUUUUUUAGAUGUAUCCAGAAUUUUAUUACCCUGUGUCAUAACUCUCCCCAGGGAGUUCAGUCUUUUCAGUCUUGCCUUCCUCAGAAAGAAAAUUUGCCCUGUAUUCCUUCACUUGCAGUGAAGGUGGCUUAAUUUAAUUAAAAAAAUCUUUUAAUGUCUUCUUAACACCCCAAAGAAAAUUCUCCAGAGAUUGUUUCCUUGACUAGUGUGGUCCUGUACAUGGAGUAGGAGUGAGGAAAACAGAGCCAACAGCAGCUGUCUCCUUCAGGGUCAUUUCGAAGGGGAAAGGGACAGUAGGGAGGUCACAGCUCGAGUCUGUGGUGUUCUCACCCAGGGUCAGCUUCUCAGAACAAGGUGACAGCUUUAGGUCACUUUUAACCAUUGUACAGAGCAGCCGACUAAAAUCUUCAGAAAGAUCCUGAAUACUGUCUACAUGAGUGGAGUUUUUACUCAAGAUAACUUAAGUAAAAAGACAAUUCUUUUAAGCUUUUUCUAAGGUUUGUAUUUAAAAUAUUUUUCAGUGCUGUGCCAGCACGUGCCACUCACCACACAGUUUUACUACCACGCUUUCCUGUUGGACUGUCUGCAUGGGAAAGAUUGUAAACCUGCACACACAUUAAAAACAUUGCAAACACAUUAAAACAAUUGUAUGAAGCAUUGUCACAUGCAAACAAGCAAAGGAAAAGAUUCAUGACGUUCAUGUUACUUAUAUUGCUGGAUAAAACACCUUCAGACAGAAACAUGACUUUUUUUUUUCCAUUACUUUAUGUUGGAUUUGUUCAGAGGUUACAGUGGCACUGGGAAUCAGGAGUUAAUUUAUCUCAGAGCACGUUGAGGCUCAAGCCUCAUUAAAAUAAUAUAUGAUAAUAAACAUAAUGUUUUGUGGGAGGUUUAUUACUUGACUGCAGUGCAAUGCUGCAAAUCGCUAAGCACUUUUUCCAUGAUAACGUCAUGAUGCAAAAAUACUUUAUGUUGUGAUUUUUCAUACCUUUUUGGAGAUUCAAACACUAAGGUCACUGCUUGAUACAGUUUUCCCCAGGCUAUAUACUAAGCAAGCAUCAUAAAAAUUCAUGAUUGUUUUCCUGUGAACAGAGUGGUGAGCACGUGAUCGCUGGGUUUGGUCAAUGUGCUCGCUCUUACAAAAAGUCUCUGUUGCUUUCCGUGCUUUGUUCACCACAUCUGACUCACCGUGAUACUGGUAUCUUGAUUUCUAAUGUAAGCAAAAUAAUGAAAUUUGUUCAAAUUCUGGCUGAAAUGUUCGAUUCUAUGUUCAUUUACCUUCCAGAACUUUCCAACUGAUCUGUAAUUUAACAGGGACUUGAGUUAAUAGUAACAUACACAAAAUACUGAUUCUUAGAAGGAUACAUACAGAAUGGAAUUAGGUUUAUCUUUCUACGUUAAAGUUUAAAGUAAAAUAUUUUGCUAUUUUGGAGUUGAUUUCUUACAAAUAUUUAAUAUUUUGUCUUAGUUAAUUUAUUAAAACGAUUACCAUAGCCAUUUCAUUUUUUGUAAUUUAUUUCUCUUCCCAUGGUGUUUUGGUUAAUAAAAUAUACUAGGUUUGUGAGUAA